UCUUUAUAUCGAUGAUAAAGCAAAUCGUUCUGAGUUGAGUCAUAAAUUGCGUUUAAACAUUUAGAGGGUGUUUACGUGAAAAGGUAUCCACCGUGAAGAAACGUAAGAAAAUACAUAAGCCCUAAGUGAACCUACCCAUGGAGUAAAAAAGAUUUCUACCCGAAACCCGAACCUCAAACAUGGCAAGCAAGUCGCAAGAGAAACAUGACAGAGACUAUAGUCGUCAAAAUUUAACUGAAAUACCGCAUGAAGCACUGAAAGACAGACAUUUAGAUGCUAUCAAUUUGUCAUAUAAUUGUCUCACAAACUUUGGCGCUCUGUCGUUUUUACAAUGGAACUACCUAACAAAAUUGUUUAUUCGUGAUAUCGGUCUCACUGCUUUUCCAAUUAAUAUUUUGGUCUUGAGUAAUUUGGAACUUCUUCACAUAGCAAACAACCAUAUUGAGUUGCCAAACGGUAUAUCAAGACUGGAAAAGCUGAAGAAUCUCCAAGCUUGUUAUUGUGAAUUAAAGGAUUUACCAAGUGAUUUCGGUAGCCUUCACAACUUAGAGAAGCUGGAUAUAAGUCACAAUUGUUUCAAGACUUUCCCAGAGCAAAGCUUAUGCUGUAAGAAACUGACAUUUCUCGAUAUGGGACACAAUCAGCUGGUAGCAUUGCCAAGAGACAUCAAGUCACUAGAACACCUUGAGACUUUGCGCGCACAAAACAAUAACUUGGCAUGUCUACCUGGAACUAUAGGAAAACUGAGGCAUCUGAUCGAAAUCAAUUGCAGCAGGAAUGAACUAAAGGACCUUCCCGACGAAAUAUGCAAUUUAUCAAAACUGAGACGUUUGUACAUUUCCUUUAACAAAAUUGAGCAUUUACCUGACAAAUUCCAUCUUCUUCAAAUUAAGGAUCUCGGGAUCGACGGCGACAGACAAGACACUCACAAAGGGAAGAUAGAACGCCGUCAACUGAGGGAUCCCCUUAUUGCCAGGUGCAAUUCUGCCCCAGAUAUAACAAAUCGGCUCCUGAAGCGGGACAAAGAGACAACAACUAAAAAAGAUCGACAGAGUAUUUUCAUUUUAGGCGAGGCAUUUGCCGGGAAAUCUAGUUACAUCAGGAGCUCCUUGAAAGGGAGGGCAAAUCCCACCGACGAGGGUGAUCGAACCGAGUUCGCAAACCAGCACACCAAACUGAUUACGCUACCAUCAGGAAGAGAAGUCGUGUUGAUGUACACAGACUUUGGGGGGCACCCUGUCUAUCAGUAUGCUUACCGGCUUUUCCUUUCAAUGAUAGGUAUCUGUAUUCUUAUGUUUAAUGCGGAGACCUAUGGGGUGGAUUUUCAAAGACAUGUUGGCCGAUGGCUUCAUAAAAUAAAAAACACUCUCCCAAAUGCAAUUGUAUUUUUGGUUGGUUCUCAUUCAGAUAAAGUGAGUCCCGAAAAACGAAACACAGUUGAAGCCCAUGUUAAACGACAUACUUUGCGGUUUAAAGAAGGGUCACCUUUAAAUGUGAACGACAAGAUACAUUUCAUCAGUUCCACCGACUUUACCGGCAUAGAUGAAUUAGAUAAUGCCGUAUUGGAUACAAUUGAAAAACGACAGUCUUUAUCUAAAAAGCCUAGAGGGGACAGGUGGUUUUAUGUUGAUCAUCUUCUAAAAGUGGAUUUCAGCGGGCGGUUAUAUGUUACCCUGGACGAAGUAAAAAAAAUGUAUUCGAGAAAAAUUGGCUGGCAAAAAUGGUUAUUUAAAGGCCUUGGUGAUUUGCUAGAACAAUUGCAAAGUUGGGGAGCAAUUGUGUAUUUUCCCUAUCAUCAAUCACCCUUGAAGGAUUACGUAUUCCCAUCCCAUUACACUCUGGUAUCCGUCCUUGCCCUCGUCGUGAACCACGACAUGAAUACCAAGCUAAGCAAAAUAGCAGACAGCGAAAUCUACAAAGGGUCAAAAUUGACAACUGAGAUGUGGAAAAAAGAAGUGAAAGAUCUCAGAGAAAUGGGCAUUCUGAGUACAAAACUACUUCGGUGUCUCCUAGAUGUUGGAGGAUACAAAGACGUUCAGGAAGAUGUGGUUUUUGAAAUCCUGAAAGAGAUCAGGGCUGCCAGCCAGUGUACAGAAAAUAGCUUGUACCUGCCAUAUUUUAUAACAAAGACAAAAGACGAAAAUUUCAAUGAAUUUUGGAAUAUCAUACCGAGACCAAAUGAGCUGCAAUUAACUGUAGAAUUCCACUUCUUGUCUGAAGUCCCAGACCUCUUUAUCUUACUGGCAAAGUGUUAUAUUCAGAAACACGAACACGCGUUUAGCAGGGACAGGCGAAUGGAUUGGGUUACUGGACUUCUCACGAAAGUUAGCGAUAUGACUGUGAUGAUUGAGAAAAAGGCUACCCAGGAAGAUGAAUGUCAAUCCAUAUUCGAACUGUCAGUGCGAAGAAGAAUAAACGGGAGACAGACAGGGAAGGACUUAAUGGCAAUGUGGAAAUUCACAAGACAAGCCGUGGAAUAUUUCACCACAUGUCAAGAAGAACACUGCGAUAUUUUUUUGGUCUGUCCAGGUUGCAUCCUUAACCAAAGACGAGAUUUGGAAAAGAUCAAAAAGCACAAAUGGGACAAUUUGCCUUGUGAUUUGUCAAACGUGUCGUCCACGUUUCCCUGUUGUCAAGAUCUGCCCAACACCGUAGUACCAGCGUGCGUUUUCUACCCCGAAUUACUGGACCCUGACACUUCAGAGGAGUAUGAAAUGCACCGAGAACUGCUCGAGGAAUUUCUUCCAGGACUGAAACGACAUUCCAGCCUCGCAUCAACUGUAUCAGAGAGGUCACAAUCAAGCACAUACCAAACAAACAUUACUGUGAAUCAGAUUGGAGGGAACAACAAGGUAGAAACUCGCCCUUCCUUUCAAGUAGGUGACCUUACUAGUGAGUACGAAGAUGACGCAUUCUUGACGUCACAACCAGGUGAGGUGUCUGCUCCAAAGUGUAUAAUGUCUGCAUCUCAACUGGGCGAAGCGUCAGCGUCACAAGAUAAAACACCUACGUCACUGCAGGGAGGAGAAUCUACGUCACAACAGAGGGGUGCGACGUCACUGGAUGAGAAACUUGAUCCAUCGGUAUGCAUGACAGAUUUAAAGCUAUGAUCAACGCCAGCGUGAUUGAAACAGAAUGGACAAUGAUAAAACUAGAAAAGCACUCCGAAGGCAGCAAAGUCUCCACCCAAUGCCGUUU